CAGCCCCUAGACCGGCAACAAAGCCCAGUGCCGACACACAACGUUCCUGUCUGAUUCUAUUUCUUACUCCCAUGUGCUUUGGAAAACGAGAUACGAUUUAAUCUACCACUCAACAUGCAGCAGUUUAACCAACUGAAAAGUUGGAGGCGCUCGUCGCAGUUCAGACCCCCCGUCCAGGAUCCUGUCUUAACCGCCGAAGACGAAAGGUUCAUGCAGAACAUCAUGGCUGAGAACGGCAGCAAUGGUAGCAACCCCGCCGUCUCGCCACCCGGGGAAGCGCCGGGUUCGCGUUCUCCGGUGAGUCCUCUGGGACCCGGCGCGCCGAAUCUCCAAUCGCCCGUGUCGCCCGUGGAAGAGUUUGGCAGAGAGCUUGGCGAAGAAGGGCGCAAGGCAAGGGAAUUGGCUCAGAAGCAAUCGAGUGGUGCCUCGCAGUCCUCUAAGCCUGAGAACUCCACGCCGAUAGAGAAAGAGAAGAAAAAGAGAUGGACUUGGCUGCGACGGAGGAGCACGCAGAAGGUAGGUCUCGUUCAGAUCGCAUGGUCAAGCAUCAAGGGGGAGAACACGGGUUAAUGCAUUUUUCAUGGUUAGAAUAAAGAAAACUCGCGACCAGAAACACCGAGCGAACCCCAAACCCAGCUUCCCGCCAAUGACCAGGCGAAGCAAGACGCGGCGGAUAUGACGGAGAUCCUGGAGCGACUGAACCUGGCGGCCGACAACAACAAAGUGAUUUCCAUCAGCGACGA